AAUUAUAAGCACAUAUAUACUAAAGUCUAGCAUCACAAACUGUGAGUUCAAAGAGAAAUUAAGAAGUGAUGAGGAAAGAUGAGAGUUGGGGGAAGUCCAUUCAGGUUGACAACGUUCAAGUUCUUGCAAAUUCAAGUGCCGAUAUACCUGAAAUAUAUAUAAGACCUGACUUGGACAUCGGAGCCGGAAAAAUCUCCGACGAGAAGCUCCCUAUAAUUGAUAUGAGUCUGUUAUUGAAUUCAAACUUCUCUUUUGAAGAAUGUUCUAAACUUGAUCUUGCUUGCAAACAAUGGGGCUUCUUUCAGCUUGUAAACCAUGGGAUAGAUGAUGAAUUGAUGGAUAAAAUGGAGGGAGAUUUGAAGGAGUUUUUCAAGCUUCCAUUAGAAGAGAAAGAAGUGUUUGCACCAGUGCCUGGUGGACUUCAAGGUUAUGGCCAAAAACUAAAUGUUAAUGAAGAGAAGUUGGAGUGGCAUGACUUGCUAUUCCUCAUCACGCGCCCACUUGAUUCUAAGAAUUUGAGAUUUUGGCCUACACAUCCUUCAUCUUUCAGGUCAACAUUAGAAAAAUAUUCACUAGAAUUAAAAAGGGUUUCAGAAUGUCUGUUUGAAGUUAUUUGCCAAGAACUUAGGGCUCAAGCCAGAGACACUCCUUAAUCUGGUUGAUGACUCAUCAAGGUAUAAGGAUGCAUUACUAUCCACCAUGUUCAAAAGCAAGCCAAAGUGUUAGGCUUGAACCCACAUUCUGAUGUGGGUGUUCUAACUCUUCUACAUCAAGUGGGAGAUGUUCAAGGUUUGCAAAUCAAGAGAAAUGGCAAAUGGCUUCCUGUUGAACCAAUUCCUCAUGCCUUUGUUAUCAACAUUUCUGAUGUACUUGAGAUAUGGACAAAUGGGAAAUACGUAAGCGUAGAGCAUAGAGUGACAGUGAACAACAAGAAAGAAAGGCUCUCAAUUGCAACACAUCAUAGACCAAAGGCUGAUGGCAUGGUUGGCCCUCUCAAAGAGUUAAUGCAAGGAGAUGAUCAGGAGGAGCAUUACUACAAGACUAUGGCCUUUGAGGAGUAUAUUCAAUUAUAUUUAUCAGGGAAAGUUGAAGGAAAGAGACACAUGAACUCCAUGAGAAUCAACAAGUCAUAUAUAGAUGCAUAGCUAGCUCUUGCAUGCAUACAUUUAUAUAUAAAAUUUGUGUGUGCAUCUUGUUAACAAUAAAAUGUAUGUGCUUAUAUGUAUGUUGUUUUUAGUUA